AAUUUACAUAAUCCUAUGUAUAUCUUCCUGGGCAAUUUAUCAAUUGUUGACAUUUUUUCAACCUCAAACAUUCUACCAAAGCUCGUGUGCAUGCUCUCCAGUCAGCAGAGGACCAUGACAUUCCAAGAGUGUAUGACUCAAAUGUAUUUCUUUACCUUCUUCACUUGUACUGAAUUCUUUCUUUUGGCUGUUAUGGCGUAUGACCGUUAUGUGGCAAUCUGUCACCCCCUUCAUUAUUCCUUACUCAUGAAUCUCAAACAUUGUUCUUCAUUUUUGGUUGGUGUCUGGACUGCUUCAGCUUUAGAGCCAGUAAUACAUUCUGUUUUUAUAGCAAAUUUGUCAUUUUGUUCAUCCCAUCAAAUCAACCAUUUUUUCUGUGGCAUCUCCCCCUUGUUAAAACUUUCCUGCAGUGAUACUUCACAUAUUGAGAUUGCAACAUAUGUUUUAGGAGCUGUUGUAGGCUUGAGUGCAUUUACACUUACAUUGUCCUCUUAUGUGUUUAUUAUACACACUAUUGUAAAUAUUCAGUCUGCGGAUGGAAGACGUAAAGCAUUUUUCACACGUGCAUCCCACUUGACUUCUGUUAUUAUAUUUUAUGGAACCUCUCUGUCACUACAUGUUAGACCCAUGUCAAUGUAUUCUCCAACUGAGGACAAAAUGUAUUCUCUUCUAUACAUCAUAUUGAUCCCGAUUGUUAACCCUCUUAUAUAUACCUUAAAGAACAAACAAUUUAUGGAGUCAUUUAAGAAAGUGACAACUCUGAAUUGUAAAAUAGGAUACUUGGAGUUUGAAUACAUUGUUGUGAAAAUGAAUUCCUGCAAGACCCAGAAAACUGAGCAGAAUGCUUAGCAUUCCACAAACAGUGCAGUACACUAUGUAAAUGACCCCAUGUGAAUUGGAGCCCAAUUGAACUUUUAAUUCAAAUGAGCUCAAUAGA